AACUCUCUCUCUAACAAAACACGUCUAAGAUUCGUUUUGUUACGCGACGCCCCGACUUUGAUUUUUUUUUCUCUCUUAAUUUUCUUUGAAUCCUUUCUCUUCGAAAUCCAUAAAUAUAAACUGUUUUUUCUUAAAAAAUAAUUCCUUUUAUUUUGUUUUUGUCUUGGUACCCGAGUUUAUUCUCCUCGUGAUUCUUUUUGGAUCCUUUUAUUCUUUUUUCUUUUUCGCACCUUCCCUUCGCCAGUCUGCUUCUCUCAUCUUGUUCGGAUCUAUCUAUGCUGUUUGGUCUGAAAACCAACCUUUUCCCUUUAUAAUUGUCCUCCGCUGUGUCUUUAAUCUCGGUCUGGAAAAAAGAGGAAGAAGAAAAAGGUUUAAGUGAGGAAAAAAGGUAAUGAUAAAGAUGGAUUACGCUCAAAAAAGGCGCCGAUGCCAUGAAUAUGUGGAAGCUUUAGAAGAAGAACGACGUAAAAUUCAAGUCUUUCAACGGGAGCUUCCUUUGUGUUUGGAGCUUGUAACCCAAGCGAUUGAGGCAUGCAAGAAAGAGAUAUCGGCGGGUUCAACGACGACGGAUUACCUGCAAGGGCAAUCUGAGUGUUCGGAGCAGACAUCGAAUGAUGAUGGACCUGUUUUGGAAGAAUUUAUUCCAAUCAAAAGAAGCUUUAAUUGCUCUGAGGAAGAUGAUGAACAAGAAUCGCAUAAAUCCAAAGGCCAUGAUAACAACAACAAAGAAAAGAAUAUUUCUGCUGCUGCUGAUAAAAAGAAAUCUGAUUGGCUUAGAUCUGUUCAGUUGUGGAAUAAUAAUCAAUCCCCGGAUCCACCCUUGAAAGAGGAUGCGGGUAAAAUUGGAAGUGUGGUGGAAGUGAAGAGAAAUGGGGGAGCAUUUCAGCCAUUCCGCAGAGAAAAAACUGUAGAGAAGAGUGUUCAAUCUGCAGUAGGAAAAGCGAAUGCCUCAGCUACAAGUACUUCUACAACGGAAAGUGAGAGCAGAGGAGGCAAUAAUGGAAACACUAACAAAAAGGAAGAAAAGGAAGGGCAGCCUCAGAGAAAGCAAAGGCGGUGCUGGUCACCAGAGUUGCAUAGGCGUUUCUUGCAUGCUCUCCAGCAACUCGGUGGGUCACAUGUCGCUACGCCAAAGCAAAUUAGGGAGCUGAUGAAGGUUGAUGGACUUACAAAUGAUGAAGUUAAAAGCCAUUUACAGAAAUAUAGAUUGCACACAAGGAGACCAAGCCCAACUGUCCAAAACAAUGCCAACCCACAAGCACCUCAAUUUGUGGUGGUUGGAGGCAUAUGGGUACCUCCACCAGAAUAUGCCUCGCUGACUGCAACAACGACAUCAGGGGAAACAGCCAGUGUGACGCCAACCAGUGGAAUCUACACCCCGGUGGCUGCCCCAUUGCCUGCACUUCCUCAACCAUCAGGAACAAUGGUGCAAAGACCACAACUAUCACAAUCUGAAGAAAGGGGCAGCCAUAGUGAAGGCAGAGUUCAUUCAAAUUCACCAUCAACAUCUUCCUCUACUCAUACCACUACAGAUUCUCCUGAGUUUUAGUUA